CUUAGGGAAUUUCCCCUCUCCUUUUUGCAAAAGUGCCGCGAUCUGCACAAUGUUCAAAGACGAUAUUUUGUAAAGAUCCAUGACGUAUACAGUACACACGGCCAAUCCGCACCCGAAUUUUCCGGUCAGUGUUUAUCAACCACGCAGCAUCAACAAAUCUGUUUAUUUUUAUCUUCUGCACACGUUCACUUGGCUCUGAGUAUAAAUAAUCACUUGGAUUCAGGGGAAGUUCACAUAGAGAAAAACACUACAGGAAUUAAGAUGGACGAGACGGUCAGAAUCGGGAUAUUGUUGAUGAUCGGCUUUGUUACGUUUGGCCAAGAAGUAGCCGAAAAGAACACAAUACAAAAGCCACGAAUCUAUUUUCUUCAUGUGAACUCGGAAAUAAAAUAUCGAUUCUCAAAAACAGUCAUCACAAGUAAAGUUGUCAACCCGGGGAAAGAGGCAUCUGAAACUGUCUUUGACGUCACUCUUCCUAACGAGGCUUUCAUGACAUCUUUCAAAAUGAUAAUUAAUGGAACCGAAUAUAAGGGGGAAGUCAAGGAAAAAGAACAGGCCAAACAGGAAUAUGACGCGGCCAGGUCACGUGGUCAAAGUGCUGGACAUAUAGUUGCAAAACCAAGAGAUUCCAAUAAAUUCCAGAUUCAAAUAAACGUUGCUGCCGCCGAAAAGGUGACGUUCGAAUUGACUUACCGGGAACUGUUACGAAGAAGAACUGGGAAAUACGAGCAGUUAAUUUAUAUAAAUCCUGGGCAAAUUGUGGACGAUUUCAGGGUCGAUGUUUCUAUUGAGGAAUAUAGGAAUAUAACGUCAGUUCAUGUUCCACCUUUACGUAACGAUAUCUUGACAGAUGACACGGAAGGGAAAAACAAAGACGCAGAAAUUGUACGCCUCUCUCCAACUCAAGUGAAGAUUUCCUACUCGCUGACGAAGUCACAACAAGAGAUUUUGUCUGAACAAGGGAUUUCCGGACAAUUCGUUGUCCAAUAUGACGUUGAGAGAGAGAAAAAUUCUGGAGAAGUUAUGGUAAUGGAUGGCUACUUUGUCCAUUUCCUGGCGCCGGAUGGCCUGGAUCCUAUGCCCAUGGACAUUGUUUUCAUCUUAGACAGGAGCGGAUCAAUGAGCGGGACUAAAAUGAAACAACUCCAGGAAUCCAUGUUAAAGAUUCUAAACGAAAUAAGCGAAAACGAUCGCUUUAUGUUAGUAGCCUUCGAUAAUAAGUUGAAGUUUUGGCGCCGGGAACUAGCUCAGGCGACAACCGCUAAUAUCGCGGAAGCCAAACAGUUCAUUCAGAACACCGGCGCGGAGGGAAGUACAGACAUCAAUUUGGCGAUGACAGAAGGAUUAAAGCUGCUUUCACAAAACACUCAGGAAUCAAGAGCCCCGGUCCUGGUUUUCCUCACAGACGGACAACCUACUUCCGGCGUCACAAACACCAACAAAAUUCUUGAAAAUAUCAGAAAGUUUAACGAAGUUGACAUUCCAAUUUUCAGCCUUGCUUUUGGUCAAGGUGCAGACUUUGAUUUUACCAAGAAAGUUGCCGCCCAGAAUGACGGUCUUGGUAAAAGAAUAUACGAGGAUUCGGAUGCCGCUCUUCAAAUUGCAGGGUUUUACCAAGAAAUUUCAGCUGUUCUAAUGAGAAACAUCUCUUUCAAAUAUGUUGAUGGUACUUUAAAUGAGUCAACAGUGACUCAAACUGAUUUCAACACGUAUUUUAAGGGCUCGGAACUCGUUGUCGCCGGAAAGGUAGAAGAUAUGACAAAAUUACAAGAUGGCGUUGAUAUUUAUGCUAGAGGAGUCAACAGCGAGAAGGUUGCGCUUCGAAGACCUUUAAUAUGUGUUCUGCCGCCACCGCGACCAUUUCCUCCAAUUAUACCCGCCCCCUCACCGCAACCUCAACCAAAACACCCAAACAUGAUGGAAAAUCUAUGGGCUUAUCUCACAAUUAAACAGCUACUUCGAACUAAGGAUGGUCUGGAUGACAAAGAUGAAAUUAAAAACAUUGAAAAGAAAAUUUUGGACAUGUCUUUGAAGUAUCAAUUUGUUACUCCUUUGACGUCAAUGGUCGUGACCCUUCCAGACGAUUCCAAACCUAACCUUAAGAGUGUCAACACAGACGACGUGCCGCAAAGCGAGUCUUUCUUGACUUUACCAUCACGUAAAUAUAGCAUUGGUGGGGCUAUACAAGGCAUGUAUGGUUUACCCGGGAGAAAUAUGAUGCCCCCUGCUCUGCUUGGUAAUCGGUCUCCUCAAAUCUCUUUUGAUCCUUUUGGUGCAUCCAUGUCGAGGAGAAGAAACUUUAAUCGUCGAAAUUACAGAACUUCAACUACCACUACCCAUUCGCCUCUUUCAACGAUAUCUCAAGUUAGUACGCCAAGGCCAGCAAUGAAGCGUCAAGCACUACCAUCCUUCAUUGUUCAAGUGUCCAAGGUGAACAUGUGCUUUGAUUUAUCGUUGAAAAAGUCAAAGACCUACAAUAUAAUCAAGAUGCUAAAGCAAAGGAAUGGCUGCGCCAUGCUUGCAAAUACUGCCAGCAAACAAAACAGGGCCCUCAAAAUGUUUGCCAGCUUGAAGGUAGAAAAGUUCAAAGGAAAAAAAAUACAGGAAACGAUCAAUGUUGAUGCAAUUAAAAAUUUCGCAAGUUUGCAAUGCGACAUGGAAGGAAUAAAAUUGGACGUCGAGAAGGAUCAACACAGACUCAGAGUAAAGGCGGAAAUUCACGGACGCCAACGGAAACAAUAUGACGGAAUUCUCAGUCACUUUGUCAAUAUGAAAUGCAAGAUAGUCAGACAAUUUUCAAGAAAAGGGAAAAUAAUGGCGAAAGUUAAAUGCAGACGACGUGGAAGACCUACACUAAAGUUUAAAGCCAUUCAGAAGACAUCGUCAUCCGGUGAUUCCUGCUGGUUCCUUAACAAGAGAAUGGUCAGUUCUCUGAACAUUAGUCCCACAAACUACGAGAUCACGCCAUGAUUUUCUAUUAUCCAUAUUAUCAUACAAAGCCAUACUUUUAUAUGCAUUUUUUCUCUCCAUUUAAAGUUGUCAGUACAAAUAUUUUGUUGUUGUUGAUAUCGUUGUUCGUAUUUUUAAUGAAUAAGGGCUAUUUGAUAUAUUUUUAAUUAAUCUUAAGAUAUCCUCAGAUUAU